AUGACCGUCCACGUCACUUCAGCAGCGCAAUGGCGCCAGAUACUCAGCUCAUCCAGCGUUGUCAUUACCGACUUCUACGCUGACUGGUGCGGUCCAUGCAAGAUGAUUGCGCCGACUUUCGAAUCGCUCUCGACCAAGUACUCGAAGCCGAAUAGGAUCACAUUCUGCAAAGUCGACGUCGACAGCCAACGCGAGAUCGCCCAGCAGUAUGCCGUCAGCGCCAUGCCCACAUUCCUCAUCCUGAAGAGUGGAUCCGUCGUCGAGACCAUCAAGGGUGCCAACCCUCCCGCCCUGACGGCCGCAGUUGAGAGGGCAGUCAAGCUGGCCGGCCCUGCCACCGGCGGAGGUGCGGCUUUCUCCGGUGGCGGUCAGAGGCUGGGUGGCGGAGGUGGACCAUCUGGCACCAGGUCUGGCCCGCGACAGUUUCAACGGCCAGGGAACUGGGACUUGAAUAGCAUCAUCAACUCGAUCAUCGUGUUCUUUGGUCUAUACUUUGUGUCGCUAUUCUCUUUCGAUCCGUACAAAGCCGCGGAGUCGUCAAAAUACAACAUCAAGAACCCUCCGGCCCGUUCUGCCAACGUCAAGCCUGCAGGCUCAGCGGGGGCCAGACCAGGCCAGUCGAGGCAGGACCUGCUUCACCUCUUCGAAUAUGGAUUCACUGGUCCUCUAGCUGCACGCAGAGCUCCAAGCUCAAUGCGCACCGCGUCGCUUCGACAAUACCACGCGACUAGGAUUGGAAUUACCUCCAGUCAGCAGAGAAACUUGUCGACAACGAGGUCCUUGAACCAGACACCGCCAGAAACGCCAGCAUCUUCUCAGGGACCCUCGCAAUCGGCCACUGAACAAGCAGCUCCUGCAGACACCCAGAAGACGACUUCAGAAGAUGCACCCCUAGAAUACCCUGAACGACCUGAAGGGGAAGCAACACCAGAGGAGAUCGAGCAAUUCGUGCGCGAGACCAAGGCCACCUUUGGAGAUACUCUGCCACCCCACUUCCUUUAUGAGGAGGAAUACCAGGUGUACCAGCGGCUCUUUGGACCCCCGUUGCGCGCGACCGAGCCAGAGGACAUUGGCAUUGGUAGCAUUGCCGUAGAAGAUGGCGUCGAUUCCAACGGCGAGCCAGGACACCGAGGUCCCGCGCUUCUCCGGGAGGACGGCCAAGGAGGCCUUGAGGAGGUUGAAUAUACCCCGGCCCUGAAGACCCGCGAGGCUGCAGAUGCGGAAGCCGGCGAAGAGACCGAUGCCGACCUCGAGGCCGACCUCGAGGCCCUCAACAACGACCCACGCAUCAAGUAUCUGCAGGGUGUGGCAAAGAAUCAGCGUCAAUAUGAGGCCCUUCUUCAACUCCAGGCCGAUUUCGAGGCGGCCAGCCUCCAGUCGCUGCUUGACGAGGAUGCUAAAAUAGCCGCCGCCGAAGCCGAAAUGGUUCAGGCGGCGCAGUCCGAUGACGGUGCAACGGCCGAGCAGGUCAAGGAAUUUUCAUGGGACGUCCAAGCAGGGGAGGAACUGGAUGCGGCUGCCUACAAGGCUCGUGAGAUGGACCAGUGGGAUGAGGGGCACAGAGAAACCGACCGCCUCCACGAGCUGACCCUUGAGGGGCAAUCCAGGACCAACCCAAGCACCAUCUUUAUCCCCAAGGAGAGCAUUAUUGAGCCCAUCACAAAGCUCUUGAAGAGGACGGAUCCGAAGCACGUCAAGGAAGCAGCAGAGACCGUGUUCGGUGGACCAGGGCUGCCUUACUCUGCCCGUACGCCGUACAAUAUGAGGAACGCAAAGCAGGUCGGAGUUGCGCUGCGGGCUACCGAUCACCGCAUGUCGGAGAUCGAGGCCGAUGCUUACAUGGCGACAGUCCUGCCAACUACCUACUCCACCAUCACUAGUAUACUAUCGGAAGUUCGUAAGAGGUUGGGUACCGAGUGGCUUCGCGGACUGAUGCAAAAGAACGAGGGCAAAGGCCCACGAGUUCUGGAUGUGGGAGCAGCUGGCGCGGGCCUGCUCGCCUGGCAGCAUGUUGUUGAGGCGGAGUGGGGGGUGAUGCAGUCGGAGGGCAUCUGGAACAACCUCGAGGCUCCCAUCGGAAAGAGAACGGCGCUUGUUGGCAGCAACUUCUUGAGGCAUCGAGUCUCCCAACUAUUGGAGAACACAACCUUCAUUCCUCGGUUGCCCGAUUACCUACACUCGGCCGUGAACGUCUCCAAGCACAUCGAUGCACCGGCUGAGCCCAAGGAGAGGAAGACGUACGACGUUAUCAUCAUGUCCCACAUCCUGAUGCCGCUCGACAAGCAGUUCAAGCGUGAGGCUUUGCUCGACAAUCUCUGGUCCCAGCUGAAUCCCGACGGCGGUAUCCUGAUUGUGAUGGAGAAGGGACAUCCGCGUGGUUUCGAGGCUGUGGCAGAUGUGCGCAUGCGUCUUUUGGACGAGUUCAUUGUCCCUCCCGGCUCUACAUUCUCUAGCAAGUCCACUGGCGCGGACGUGGAGGACCAUAUUCAAACCAAGGAAGCAAAGGAGAGGGUGCGUGAGCAUGGUAUGAUCAUCGCGCCAUGCACUAACCACAAGACAUGCCCCAUGUAUCAAACGCCCGGCUUCACCUUUGGUCGCAGAGACUUCUGCCACUUUUCGCAACGCUUCAUCCGCCCGCCCUUCUUCCAAAAGGUCCUUGGCGGCGUCCAUCAGAACCACGAGGAUGUCGACUACAGCUACCUCGCCGUGCGCCGCGGUGGUGGCCAGUCUGCAGAGUCGUCGUCCACCGAAGCCACCACCGCCGGCGACAUGGACACCAACACCAGAAAAUCGCCCCCAGGCGGCCCGUGGCAGGGCAAAGAGGCGACGGAUCGUGCCUUUGAGGGCUACGGCAAGAAGGGUGAGGCACCACCGUCGAUGCUGUCCCUCCCGCGCAACAUCCUCCCGCCUCUGAAGCGGACGGGCCACGUUGUCAUGGACGUGUGCACCCCGGACGGGAACAUUGAGCGCUGGACGGUGCCCAAGUCCCACGGAAAGCAGGCGUACCACGACGCGCGCAAGGCCCGAUGGGGUGACCUGUGGGCCCUCGGUGCCAGGCAGCGUGAGCUCCGCAAGGUCAGGCUAGGGAAGCCCGGCACUGAGGUGCUCAAUGAUCGCGCCAACCCGCUCGGCGGCAAGGGUGAUGGUGGUGUGCGGGCGCGUCGGGCGCUCGCGCAGGCGCAGGCCAGGAGCCAGCUCGACAAGAUCAACCUCGACGUGAGCCAGACGGGCAACAUCGAGGGCGCGUCCAACAAGGCCCGGCAGCACCAGGUCGAGAGGAGAACCAAGAAGGGCAGACUGCCGCCCAAGCAGUCGGAGCUGGACAGGCUGAAGAAGGAGAGCAACGAGGAUGAGUUUGAUGACGACGAGGACAUGGAUCCUGAGGUGGCCAAGGCGCUUCGUGAGAUGGAACAGGGCGGUAGGCGAUGA